AACAUGGCGCUGGUUGAGACCAUGAUGCUCUAAUGAGCUAUGUAUCGACUUGCGGUUUGUAUAUGAGCAUGCGUCAGCACCUUGUCUGGAGGCCAAUAAUCGAACAGGGAGAGAAGCGGAAACGCCAACCAAAGCGCAAGCAAAUUGAAUACAGCAGCCAGCCAAGAUGGACUCCUGGGAUGACGACGAGUUCGAAGUGCCGACGGUGACGGAGACGCAGAAGGUCGCCGCCAACUGGGACGACGAGGAAGAAGAGGAGGAGCCGGUAGUGGCCGCCAAGCCCGAGCCGGCCGCCCCCAAGGGCCCGCUCAAGCCCAAACAGCUUAAGAAGAUGAAGCUCAAGGAGAUCGAGGAGAAGCAGAAGAUGGAGAUCGCCCUCACCAAGGCACGUCUUGCCGCCCAGGCGGAGGAGACCGAUGAGCAGCGUCGAGCCCGCGAGAAGGCCUCUAUCGAGGAGGCGGACUUCGAGAUGGCCAUCGACGCCUUUGCCGGCGCACCGCCCAAGCCCGCGAUCGGCACUGCUGAUGACGCGGAUAGUGCCAUCUCAGCCAUGCGUCUGCUGUCACUCGCCGACCACGAGCACCUGGGUGACGUGGUGUCGUCCCGGUUGGCUACGUCCAAUUCCAAGUAUGCUCUUGAGUGUAUUAAGGUGAUUCUCACGAAGGCGUCGGUGAACCUGACGGCUGAUGACAUGAAGGAGAUCACAACAAUCGUCAAUGUCAUUAAGAAUGAGAAGAUUGCGGCAGCCAAGCCUAAAGGCAAGAAGAAGAAGCAGACGGGCAAGCAGGGCUACGCUAAUGUCGAGCGUAACGUUGGCAACGGUGGUGCUGGUGGUAAGGGGUAUGCUGGCUACGAAGACACGUACGAUGACUACGAUGACUUUAUGUAAGCGCUAGAAGUGCCACAUCCGACCUGAAGAUCUAGAAAGAAGGUGAACAAGGUGCGCGUGAGUUUCGAGUUCCUGUGUUUUGUAUUUUAUCUCUACCGGCGCAGGUCUGAUUCACAAUAGACUAUACCAAGUGGCAUUGAUGCCAUAUCCCCAACUAAUUGGUAUUCAACUUCGCCAUCUCGCCCGACUCGGAAUUGCAAUUCGUUGACAACGGAGUAGUUGGCGAGCGGCGCUCGAUAGUUUUUUUCGCACCAAUUCCAGAACGCUGGUUGUCUCGUCAGCCGCAACACCAUGACGUUUUCGUUUUAGUACGAUUCCUGGCCUGAUGAUACCAAUACCAAACCAAUGUUGUACCCAGAUUCAUGGAUACGGAUGUCUCAUUCGAGAUUGAUCAUCUCCACGACUAGGAAUCUGGCCAACAAACCGUUCGAUAUCCACUUUUUGUUCGCCUUACAUGGCGAUCGUAAAGUUUUUAGACAAGUACUUCGUAUAAAUAGAGACGGCAGCAUCCAGCAGAAUCCACCGGGCUCGUUAUAAAGGUCGCCUGUAGAAUUUCGCUUUAGAUCGCAAUGGGAAACUGCACUAGGGAUAUCUGAAGAAAAAAAAUAAAAUUCCAACAAGUUUUGCUUCAGCCUUCAAAAGAA